CAUCAACAUCAUCAGUAGCAACAUUAUUAGUAGCAGUAUCAUCAUUGUCAACAGCAGCAUCAUGACCAACAUCACCAACAUCAUCAAAGGGUCCUUUAUGUUGUCCAUUCUUUAUUCCCAGAAUACGCUGACCUGCGGUGUCCACUACAACUGCUGCUCCCCCUACUGGAAGAUGUGCAUCAAAGAUUCUGACUGCUGCGAUCAUGAACACGUCUGCCGUGCCGCAGAGGACUUUCUGUAUGAUCGCUGCUUGUAUCCAAGUUCAGGUGGUCUCACACAUGAACACUGCAACAUCCUCUCAACCACUUCCAUAAUUUGUACAGUGUUAUUAAUUUGGUUGGGUCGGUUCGCUGGUGAGGGUUAA